AUGGCUGAUGCUAUUUCAGCCGCAUUGCUGUUAGUUGAGACGGCGAUAAUCUGCACCGACCAAUUACACAGUCGUACGAGUAGUGUCCGUAAGGAUCUUGAAAGGGCCCGGAAUUGUUUGGCGAGGUUGCAACAGUGGGAUAAUCACACAAAUCCCCAAGCUAGGGAGAAACAGGUCCAAGAUUUGGCUUGUAAUAUUGAGGAUGCUAUUAACGAGUACCUGCUUCAGGUUUCACAGCAUUCCCAUACCAAUCGGUUCUCUAAGCUGGCGCACAACGUUGAUCAUUUCAUCCCCGACUGGAUAGCAAGCAGUAAGUUAUCCUCCAGCAUUGAUGAACUGGAACGAGACCUGAAUUUGGUUACGUUACUAGAUUCAGUACAUUCAAAUGGUCCCCAAGAAGGCCGCCCAAGCUCCAGCACAGGACCUCAGGGGGCAACUUUGACCCACAGAUUUCUUGAAGACCAUGAAAUAGUGGGCUAUGAUGAAGAGAAAACACGACUUUUCCAACACUUGGGAGAAAGAAAUCCAGAGCUUUUGACAAUUGUGAUUGUAGGUCCUGGAGGCUCCGGCAAAACUACACUCGUAAAGAAUGUUUACCAAAGCGAAAGGGUCAGCAGCUUGUUUCAUUUUCAAGCUUGGAUUGAUGUGCCACUCGAUCUUGACCAACUCCUGCCGAAGUUGUUAAGAAGAUUUAAGCAGGAAGUAGAUCCUCAUGAAGAUAUCAGUGACCUUCAAGAGAAACUGAGAAGAAUUUUGGAGAAUAAGAAGUUUUUGGUUGUCCUGGAUAAUGUUUGGAGCCACGAAGCUUUCGAAUCCAUUGUAAAUGCACUACCAAAAACGGAGGGUAGUAAACUAAUCGUAAUUACUCGGAACAUUGAUGUAGCUCCGGUUUCCUCCAAUUAUAUUCAUGAUUUGUGUGCUGGGUUAUCAUCGAAGAAAGCCAACCAGCUAUUCUGCAAGAAGGCCUUUCCUGAUGUUGUACGAAAUAUUUGUCCAACCCAUCUGGAGGACUGGGCUGAACAGAUUGUAACGAGGUGUGAAGGUAUGCCCUGGGCAAUUUCACAAAUCGGCACUUUGCUAGCAAGGACGCCGAGAGUAGCAGUUGAGUGGAAGAAGAUGCAUGACACACUAGGAUCCGAUCUCUCCAUUGCUAGCAGUAUUUCACAUUAUAGGGAUCUGCCAAGCAAUCACAAAGAAUGUUUCCUGUACUUCGGUAUGUUUCCAGAAGACGAAACCAUCAGCCGAGAGAGGCUAAUACGGUUGUGGAUAGCCGAAGGAUUUGUGAGACCAGACGGAGUAAAAACGGUGGAGGCAGUUGCACAGACUAUUCUGACUAAUCUCAUUGACAGAAAUUUGGUUGUGGUCAGUGCGAGGGAAAUCGAUGGACGAGUCAAGAAUUGUCGUGUUUCCAACCUUGUUCGUGAGUUCAUCAUUUCCAAAGCAAAGCAUUUCAUCACUGUUUUGGAAGCCAAGAGUGUUGGAAAUAUUGUUCGGGAUUCAGGUGAGAAAAUUCGACGCCUUUCAGUUCAGUGUGAUAUCAAUUUGUUAAGGAACAUAGACCUGAGUCGUAUGACUCAUACUCGUACCUUACUAGUUUUCCGGCAGACAGCCAAUAGGUCUGAGCUUCAUAUGGUGCUUAAAGCCUGUAAGCUCUUACGGGUCUUCGGUUUGCAAGGUGUACCUGAAUUGGUGAACUUUCCGGAAUCUGUAAUUAGUCUCACCUUAUUAAGGUACUUGAGUGUCAGGCAAACCAACAUUGAAAGUGUUCCAAGAUCCAUAGAGAAGCUUGGAUUGUUGGAAACCUUAGAACUUAAAGACACCCUGGUGACCAAUUUGCCAAAAGGGAUUGGUAAACUCCACCAUUUGCGCCACCUUUUGGUGUAUUGCAAUGCUGUCAACAAUAAUAUGAUGUUUGGAGCUGCACAAGGAGUGGAGUUUUCUACUAGCAAAAUAAGUGCUUUAUCUAUUUCAAAUUCGUUACAAAAGUUGUCUCUGAUUAAGGUAAACACCAACAAAAAAUUCUUGAAAGCCUUAGGAGAGUUGAAAGAUCUUAGAAGGUUGGGGCUGGUAGAUCUUCAUAGAGAAGAUGGAAGAGAAUUGUGUUGCACCAUUCAGAAAAUGGAUGAUCUUUCGACAUUGGAUGUAAGAGCAACAAGCGAGGAUGAAUAUCUUGACUUGGAUCACAUGCAAUCCGGCUCCCCGCCUCUCCUUCUCCAACAUCUAUAUUUAAAAGGGCGGCUAAAAAGGGUACCAGAGUGGAUUCCCAAGCUUACCAGUCUCAAAAAGAUUGGUUUAAAAUGGUCAAAGAUGGAUGCUGACGCUGAGCCACUUACGGCCCUUCAAGAUUUGCCCAACCUCAUGGAGCUCGAUUUGGUUGACUAUUACACUGGCCAGGUGUUGGGUUUCGGAGAUGAAACUUUCAAGAAACUAGUGGCAUUAAGUAUAGACAAAUUUGAUAAGCUAAAUUUGAUCUCAAUAGGUGAGAAGGCAAUGCCUAUGCUCAAGAAGCUAACCAUCUCGAGAUGUCCGGAUUUGAAGUUACUUCCAUUUUCAAGUGGUGAUCUUGAAUUGCUGGAAGAAUUGCUUCUAUUUGACAUGCCCAAUGAAUUCAUUGCUGAGUUUGAAACAGACAGCGAACGACGUGAGGAUUUAAAGCAUGUUGGAGUCAUUCAUUAUUCUCGGCAUCCAGGAAGCUACCAAUCUGAUGGAUUCAAAGAUCUUUCUCCAUCAAAAUGGAGGUAA